AAUAAAUUUCCUCGCUGCCAGUAACAACACUGCUCCAAACAACACUGCACUGCGCAUGGUCCGAAAAUGGCCACGAUAAAAACUUUGUUCAAUAAAAGUCAAAUUUUAAAAUCCAAAUCUCCAAUCUUAAGCACUCUCAUCCAGCAAAAUGGCAUGUCACAAUAUCCAAGCUUUUACAUUAAUCCAGUGUACAAAAAGGAGGCACAAGAAGAACUUAUUAAAAGUGGAGAAAUUAACAAUUUGAAACACAUACCAACACGAGCUGCUUUAAUUGAUCAAACAUGCUCAACUAUACAAGAUCCACUAGUUGGCUUGUUUUCCAAUUAUUUAAUGAAGGAUGGUAAUAAACCAUUAGCCAGAGAAUUAAUGUCUCAAACAUUUGAAAGUAUUAAAAGGCUUCAGUUGGAGAAGUAUCACAAAAGCAGUUCAGAGGAUGAAAAGGCGGAAAUAGAAUUAAAUCCAAGAAAAAUAUUUUAUAAUGCAAUACAGAAUUGCAAACCAAUCUUGCAUUUAACACCAAUCAAAAGAGGAGGUGUAAAAUACCAGGUUCCAGUACCUUUAACAGAGAAGAAAUCUGAAUUUUUAUCAAUGAAAUGGUUGAUAUCUGCAGCCAAAGAAAAGGAGUCAACUGUAAGAUUCCAUUUACAAUUAGCAAGAGAAUUAAUAGAUGCUGCAAACAAUACUGGAAAAGUUAUCAAAAAGAAACAAGACUUGCACAAACAAUGUGAAGCAAACAGAGCUUAUGCGCAUUACAGGUGGAGUUAAAUGUAUUUAUAUUAUUUAAUAAAAAAAUAGAAACUA